CGCCGGGUUCUUUCCUCUUUCUCCCCGUUCCUUUGGGGUUUGUGCUCCCCGAGGGGCCUCACUUUGCUCCUCAGCCCUGCGGGUUGGCUCUGAGGCUGCGUUUUUGGGGUGUAGCACCUCAGAACGAGCUCCACAGGUCUGUGGCCGUGCCUAUGGGCUGCCCAGGGUUCAUCUUGCUUCUCUGCGGGUGGAAAACUAGCAAGGCAAAAGCUUGAGUGUUAAUAGUAUUGUGUUAAUAGAGUGUUACAAGUAUUGAGUGUUAAUAGAGCCUUUUGUUGUUGCGACAGUAAAAGGAGUGAAUGCCUUUAUAUAACGUAGCUAUAAGCAGGAAAACAGAGGACGUAGUUACAGACGUACCCAAAGUGCAAAAGUCAAAGACAGCUAUUCAUCUCAGGAUGGAAGAGUCAGUGCUGGAUAAAUUGCCAUCUUUGUGCAGUACUCCAAAGGAUUCUGGGGCACCACCUGCACAGGGGACCAGUUCAGGGAAACAGCAAAUGAGUGCAGCUCUGAGGGAACGACUAAGGAAAACAAGACGUUCAUUUAAUGCCAAUUUUACAGUGGCAAAGCGGCUCAAAAUAGACACUGAAGAAAAAGACACUGCUGGUGCUGUCACUGAGUGCUUGCCAGAGACCAGUGCAGACUGUUCCAGGUUACAAGAUGGUUCUGAAAACCUGGAAGGAAAUGGCACUGGAAGUACAUGUUUCAAAAGUCCCUCACAGGAGAGUGAUCCCUGUGGAUCAGCAGAGAAUUCAGAUGUGAUACAGGUUGGUCUUGGUCAGCAACAGUCCCUUGAAGAGAAAGUAAAGCUGGAGAAACAAGUGCAGGAGAAGGAAGAGCUGCUUCGUAGGCUCAAAAUGGUGAAGAUGUAUCGAUCCAAGAACAACCUGUCUGAGCUGCAGGCUUUGAUAGAGAAGUGGAGAAGUAGCACCCAGCUGAUGCUGUAUGAGCUGCAGUCGGCCUUUUCUGCAGAUGGCAAGAAAGUGAGUCUCACUCAGCUCAUCGACACGUUUGGGCUAGAAGACCAGUUACUGCACUACAGCAGAACAGAAGAAGAUUUUGUAGAUGCAUAAUCUACAGCUGCAGAGCUUUCUUUGCACAGGCACAAAAGCAGAAAAGACUGAAUAGAUUCUGAUUGUGUCAGAAGUGUUGGUCAGACAAUGGACUUUAUGCUUUGGGGUUAGGAAGUUUUCUCCAGAUACUUGUAAAGCUGUGUGCAUACAUACAGUAGGCACUGUAAAAGGCAUUAUUCAAUGGAACAAAAUCAAACUGAUGAUGUUUUGGAGAAUCUGCCUUAUUGACUUGGUCAGUGAAUUUUUAUUUAAUAAAAAUAAAUUAAGUCAUAGUUUAACAAGUAGAAUGCAAUUUUUUUUAUUAGUCUCUGCAUGGUUACUUGUAUUGAAAUAACUCAAAUUGUCAAUUCUGUUUAUGUUCAGAUGGGAAUGAGUGCAGUUUGUUUAUAGAUACACCCAUUUUACAAGUCUUCCUGGUGCUAAUGACAGCAUUUUGUGAGUUAAGUGAAGAUAACUGAUUUUCAUGAUGCUAAUAUUCCAGAGCUGAGAUGUUUUCACUAGCUUUAACUCCUACUGAGGAAAAUGUGUCAUAAUGCAGUUGCUUUCAGGUUCUGGUCCAGACAGUCUCUGCAGAGCUGCUGUCUCAUAAGCAGUCUGCCACAGCCUGAGGUAAUAGAAGGGAAGGCAUAAAAUUGAAACCAACUUUCUAUUCUGCUGCAUCUGAGAGCCAAGGUGUUUUCUCUCUUCAAAUAAAUAAGA